GUCAAACUCCUGUUUGUCAUUUUGUGUUUACGCUUAAUUAUACUGUCAUCUUUGUGGACAGUGUCUGUUCAAAUGGACAUUUUAAGAGACGAUGAAAGUCAUGAGCUUAAGUACAAACGCGGGGGGCGUUUGGAUAUGAGCCAUGGCUUUUUGCACCAUAUCCGCAGGAACCAGAUUGCCAGAGAUGAUUAUGACAAGGAGGUGAAGUUAGCCACCGAGCUUCAGCGGCGGAGGUGCACCACAACUCCUCGACGCCCACGGAGACCUGACAUUCAGGUUUACCAUCCCCGACGACGGCACGAUUCCGAGCCGGGGGCCAGCGCCGAGGCGGAAGAGUGGAAUGAGAGUGGCUCAAGUACAGAGACGGAGACGCAGGGAAAUGAACUCUUCUGGCUUGACUAUCAGGCGGACUCGGGGACCAUCACGUCCGUCCUUGUGCACAAGGACGAUACACCAGCAAGGGUGGUAGAACAUGUCACUGAGAAGAACAUCCUGGAUUUAGCUAUGAGGGCAGCCCUGGAGGCCCGCAUUCGAACGGAGAUGGACAAAAGAAGAGAUAAACGCUGAGUUUGAAAUCAUACCAGAGUAGUUUCCGACACAAGCGAGGUAGGCAAAGGCCUGCCGGGAACGUAACCAUCCUGAUAAGCAGGAGCGCUGAAGACAGAGCUGGCGUGAGAAAGAACUGGAGUGUUGUAGUUCUGAUAUGCAGAGAUCAGAGCCAAACUCGAGUUGUGUUAACUGUGUUUCAACAAAGAACCUCAGCUAAAAUCAGUGAUGAAGGUUGACCGCUACCAUUCACUCACUAUAUCAAGUCGCCUCAUUGUUUACAUUGGAAAAAAAAAACAGUAUUCACGUUCAAGUGUUACCUCUAGUCAUCUAAUUUAUUCCUUUACUAUAUGUUUAAUUCUGGUAAGUUUUCUGUUGACAAGUGUGAUUUAAAAAACAAAUGGGUCUCAAAAACAUGUCCUUGGGCAUACUGCCAGAAAAUGUGAAUGUUCUUGAUGUAUUGAUAUGUUACAUAAAAUGAUAUCUUAUUGUGCACUUGAUAGACGUAAAGAUCAAAAGUUGGAUAUCACAUAUGGUCUUCA